CUUGACUGUGUGGGCUCCCUCUGGUGGUCAACAUGUGAAUUACCCUCAGCUUUCCGUAAACAAACUGGUAAAUAUGAUGUUUAUUUUCUACGUUUCCAGAAUGAAAUUAAAGCUCACGACUUCUUCUCCUCCAUCAACUGGGACGACCUGGAGCAGAAGAAGAUCCCUCCUCCAUUUACGCCCAAUGUGAGUUCCUGCUACGAUAUCUCAAACUUUGACCCCGAAUUUACGGACGAAUCUGUGCCAAACUCCAUCUGCUGGUCUCAGGAUCUUUCCAUCGUAAACGCCAGCGUGAUGGAGGCAGACGACGCCUUCGUUGGUUUCUCUUACGCACCGGCGUCCGAUGACUCUUUUCUCUAAAACGAUCUUUGUUUCGUUCGCCUUAACCGUCACAAUAACUCCUUUUGACUAAAGGGAAGAAGAGUUCCACGGAUCAAUAACCUGUCCUCUGACGCCAAAGCAGCUUGAAAUAAACAGCACUUAAACAUGUGGGGUUGGAAAACAAAAUGUGCCAGAUGUGCUUUUUUAUAAAUUUGUAUUUAUAUAAUAUAACAGAUGAUAUUUUUAAAAGGACAUCCUCUAUUACUGUUAUAUUUCUGGUGGUUUCUAAAACUUUAUAAAGCCUUAAAUUGUCCCUUAAAUGAACACUUGAACAACCAACUGGACUUUAAAUCACACCAUUUGACAUGGAAAUGUGUUGGUCCAUGUAAUUACUGUAAAAAAGAAAUACACUCAUGUGUCUUAUUCAUUUUAACUACGCUGGAAAUAGGGAUUACUUGAGACCGCUGAAUAAUGCAUUUUUGGUUUAUAGGUCACAUUUGUAGAAACAUUUCUACUUCUGUUUGUCUUUAAAUAUUUAGUUUUUAUAUUGGGUUGUUUAUGUUUUCUAUUCUUUGCCUUAAUGCAUUUAUUCAUGAUUGCAGAAAUUAGAAAUCCACAAUGCUUUGCUAAGUAGGCCUAUAUUCCUGCACAUUAAUAAAAAAUAUAUAACAAAA